AUGGAGAACAGAAUUAAUUUUCAAUCCACUUCUCUGAUAACGCGGGUGAGAGGGCUGCUCAAUUUCCUUGAACUCGCCACUGCCAGCAUUCUCGCCAACUUCAACCUCUUGACGUACAAGGCACUGAUCGACUGGACGAACGACGGCGACACGUACAACUCUCAGCGUAUCGUCGUGCACCCUGACCGGGACUUCGGCACCAGUGCCAAGCAUACCGGCAGCGUUUGUGCCAACGCCCUCUAA